UGGGGCCCAAAUGUUUUGCUAGUUCCGGAACCGGAGAUAUGUGAUAAUUUCAUGAUGGCACGCAAAGCACUCCAGUUGUCCACCGGAGCAACGAUCCCUUUUUUCCAUGGCUCCAACGUUCCCUCGAAAAUGGAAUUGGAUGCCAUCCUUGGUCUCCUCCAUAGCUCCAAUUUUUGGAGCUGAAACUAGAGCUCAUGGGUUUCGAUCAGCUGCUGCUUUAGAAGCAUUAACAAAAGCCAGAGAAGAGAAGAUCCCAAAUGUAGUGCUAUACAAUUACCCUUCUUUCUCCGGAGCCUUCUCCGCUUUGUUUGCAACCCUCUUCCACACUCGCCUCAAUCGCUCUUGCCUUGUCUUACCUUUCUCUUUGGUUGAGCCUCUCAGGGUUGAGGAUUUGACAUUUGAAGGACUUGAGAGCUGUUAUCUUCUUGAUUUUGUUGGUCCUCCAGGAUUUGCCUCUAAGCUUUCACGGCAAUCAAUGUGCGAGGUAAUAUGCUUUGAUCACCGAAAAUCAGCACUUUCAAGAAUUUCCUCUGCUGAAAAGUGUGCAGAGAAACUAACAUUUCAUGUUGAUAUUGAAAAGAGCAGCUCUAGUGUUGUAUAUAGCUAUUUCUGUAACAAGCUUGUAGCUAUGAUGUCUCAUAAUAGUAAGGGAGGACUGAACAGAUUGUUGAACGCAGAAGACCAAGACCGUGUAGAAAUGGUUCUUAAAUACAUUGAAGAUGUAGAACUUCGACGAUGGAGCUUACCAGAUAUUAGAGCCUUCAAUAUUGGACUAAAUGAAUGGCGCUCGAAGAUGAAUUUCAUUAGAAACCCAUUUAUGUUUGAAGAGUUGCUGGAGAUGAGUUCUGCCUAUUUAAUUGCCAAGGGAAAUUCAUAUAUUUCCUCUCGUCAAAGUGCUGCAAGCAAGUUAAUAGAUAAGGUUUUUAAAGUUCGAUUGGGUAGAGGAUUUUAUGGGGAGUGUCUGGGAGUUAGAGCAGAUGGCAAUUCCAACUUAAGCGAUGAAAUUGGGAGGCAGCUUAGUGCAAAAAGUGCUGCAGCUGGUCUAAGGCCCAUAGGAGCUGUUGUCUACAUGCAACGGAAUAAUCUUAAGAUGUGCUUAAGGAGUACAGAUAGUGAUACUGAUACAUUGGAAGUUGCAAAGGCAUAUGGUGGAGGUGGCUCACCAAGUUCUAGUUCCUUUAUUAUACGGAUGGAUGAGUAUAAUCAGUGGCUUUCAGACAGUGCAUCGUGAUUGCAUCUAG